AUGGCUUUCUCUUGUGUCACAAGAAACGUAUUCUCAAUUCUUCCUCUUCUCAUUGUUCUUUCAAUCUCUCCUUUGUCUUCAUCUUAUACUCUAGAUCAAAAAGUCACAAAAGAAAUGGUUAACCAACUCUGCGCAAAACCAGCAUUUUACUCACACUUUUGUGUCUCUUGGCUAAACUCUGAUCCAAAAACAUUCACCCUAACCUUACAAGGUCUUAUCGACAUGGUCUAUGCCAAGACAGAAACGUACGGUAACAAUAACCUAGAGAUGAUUAGAGGCUUGGAGAGAACCACGGCUGAUCCAAAGCUCAAGGCCUCAUAUGGUUCUUGUGUGCAACAACUUGAAGUAUCCACUAGAGCAAUCACGCAAGCUAAAGGGUUUGCGAGCAAGAAGGCUUACUCGGACGCAUCAAACUCGGCUUUUACAGCUUUGAAUGGUAUAUCUACUUGUGAAGCUCAGCUUAAAGGAUCCAACGUAUCAGUGAAAGUAGCUGUUGGUAAUGUUAUGUAUGAUAGAAUGUGUAACAUUGAUAUGAACUUCUCUGACCUUUUUAGUUAG